AUGUCUGCUUUGGAUCAAGAGCUCCCGCCCCAGAAAGUUCACUUGAUACGCGAGUCGAAAGCUUCCGGAGAUGCAGAGCCAUUUUACAACAACUAUAAGGAAGGCGUACCGAUUGCGAUAGACUUCGGCUCUGACACAGUGAGGGCAGGUUUAACUAACGCGUCUGAGCCUUGCAACAUCUUUCCGAAUAUUGUCGCCAAGCACAGAGAUCGCAAGUCCAACUACACGCUCACCUUGAUUGGCAAUGAUGUUUACAGAGAGUCGGUGCACUUUCCAACUCUCAGAACAGGAGCAAAGUCCCCAUUUGACAAUCUGAUGAUUACCAACUGGGACUCGGUCGAAAGCAUACUCGACUACUCGUUGGAGCACCUCAGCAUCACGUCUGACAACGGGUGUCUCAACAAUCCAGUGAUCAUGACCGAAGCUGCUGGAGCCCCGUUCACUUACAGAAAAGGAAUGUAUGAAAUACUCUUCGAGGCAUAUCGAGCACCGAAAGUGGCUUUUGGAAUCGAUUCUCUCUUCUCGUUCUAUGCCAACUCCAAGAAGAAAGACGGGUUGGUCGUGAGUGUUGGAAAUAACCUGACUCACUUGAUACCAGUCCUUGGAGGAAAGGGCAUUCUAACGAACUGCAAGCGUAUUGAUUGGGGAGGCGAGCAACAGCUGCUGUUCUUGCAAAAAGCCCUAGCUCUCAAGUACCCGUACUUCCCAACCAGACUCACCAAUGAUCACACCAAAAACAUCGUAUGUGACCACGCGUACGUUGCCCAAGACUAUGCCUCAGAAUUGUCUACCAUCUUGGACAUGGAGACGCUAGAGAAAAAAGAUGUCGUCAUACAAGUUCCUGUCGACAUCGCGCCCGAAAAGGCCAAAAAAAGCGAAGAAGAGCUUGCCCGUCAGGCUGAGAAGAGGAAGGAACAAGGCAAAAGACUUCAAGAACAGGCACAGAAAAAGAGAUUAGAGACUCUUAUGCAAAAAGAGAAAGAACACGCGUACUACACUGAACUUAGGGAUACUAUAUCAAGCUUGAGUAAGAAUGAAGCCGAGCGCCGUGUCAUUGCCGAGGAGUUCGAGAACGUUGCAGACUUGCAUAAGUACAUUGCCACUUUGGAAAAGGCAAUCAAGAGAUCCAAGGGUCUGGAGAUCGAAGAGCCAGAGGAGGAAGUCGACCCUGCUUCGACAUGGCCGUUGGCUGAGAUCCCAGACUCUGACUUAAAUGAUGAAGAAAUCAAGGAGAAAAGAAGACAAAAACUCCUCAAAAGCAACUACGAAGCUAGAGUUCGCAUUCGGGAAGAAAAGAAAAGAGAGGAAGAGGAACAACAACUUUAUUUGAAGGAGCAAGAGGAAUGGAGAAUACGCGACUUAGAAGGCUGGUGCAACGCAAAGAGACUAGAGUUGGCCCAAUGCAUCUCUGAAUAUAAGAUCAGGCUUAAGGCCAUGGAUGCAAUGAAGGACAGAAAGUCUAUGGCGGCGCAACAGCGAAUGAAAAAUAUUGCCGAUUUGGCGAGUGACCAGGCCUCAGGCGCUGCUGCUAAAAAACGUCGUCGUGCUGGCCCCAGUGCAACCAUAGACAACGACCCAAACGAUACUUUUGGAACAAAUGACGCCGAUUGGAAUGCAUAUCGUGACAUAAGCAAUGCGAGUUUGGAAGAGGAGCAAGAGUCAACCCUUGCCGAAAUCAACAGGAUAGAGCUAGAGUUGUUGGACUUUGAUCCGGACUUUCACACAGAAGAUACAUUUGCAGCUUCAGAGAAGUUUGACUGGAGAAAUCUGGUUUUGCACAAGUUCAUCCAUGGACCUCGGCCGAACUUAACGCUUACAAUGCAGGCUGAGGGGCAUGAUCCUGAAGAGCUCUUGAAAGAUCCAGAAAUUAUCCGCCGCAAUCACCAGAUCCAUAUUAAUGUGGAGCGGAUAAGAGUUCCUGAAGUAUACUUCCAACCUCAAAUCGCAGGUCUUGAUCAAGCUGGUAUUCCCGAGAUAAUUCAGAACAUACUUUUGCGCAAUUUUGACGGUAUCUUUGAUGUUGGCGGUCAACUGAGACAGAUGAUGGAGAACAUUUUUUUGACAGGAGGUGGAACGUUGCUUCCUAACUUUGCUGAUCGUUUAAAGUCAGAGAUAACCAGUUUUCUACCAACUGGCGCCCCCAUUAACGUUUGCAAAGCAAACGACCCACUCUUGGAUGCUUGGAAAGGUAUGCAAAAGUGGUCCAGUGCGUCAGACGCAAAAGAAAAUUACGUUACACGAAAAGAGUAUGACGAAAACGGACCAGAGUAUAUUAAGGAGCACGGCCUUGGAAAUGUCAGUCUCCGCGAGCUUUGA